AUGAGCAAGUAUCAUGUCGUAUAUUACCUAUUUUAUAACAUUCUGUGCGUUUUUGCCCCAUUCCCAACGUUAGAACUCAACUUUGACCCUCAAAAAGAACCAGAUGGACUGGUUGAGGAAUGGCACCGCUUUGUCAAAAUACAGGUAAGAUAUUCAGGUUUUAUAUAAUUUUUUAAAAAGUGACAGAAACUUUGUUUACAAGGCCAGAUUAACAAGUUUUAGCGGAAAAAAGCAAAAAAUGGCAGUUUUGCGGAAUUAUUUCGGUAAAAUCGCAAUAACUUUGUUUACAGACUUAGCUUUAAUAAAAUAUUCUAUAAUUAUAUUGUAUAAAUACGUAACCUAAGUUCUUUUUUUUUAAUUCCAUAAAAAUAACAAAAACUUCCGUUUUGUGAUCAUCUUCCUUUUCAUGUAAAAACUUUCUUUCCAGCAAAACCAGACCGCUCGCUUUGGCCAAGAGUUCCCAGUCGACGACAGAUUGUACGGAAAUCUGCGGAAAUGUGGUCAUUUUAUCAGCCCGGCUUCAGAUUCGGUUCAUUUUGUCAAAGUGAAUGAUAUCGAAUUGUACACGGAAAUUGGGCAUGGAACCACUUUUUGUCGUCCUGGGAUAAAGUUGGUGAAGCGAGAGAAUGAAACUGUGAAUUUGGAGCGAGAUGGUCAAGGUAAGCCUAAAAUAAUAUAAAAAAUAUUUUUUUUGUAAAAUACGCGAAGAAAAAUCACAAGGCCUUACCAUAGGAACAAAGUUUUCACCAUAGGAACAGAGUAUAAAAAAAAUUUACAUAAUAUGUUAUAUGUUAUAUCAUUUUGUUUUUUUACGAAAUUUUAAGCGCCAAAACGCCUUUUUUCAUUGUGCAGCCUGCGUAACAACGGGCGCAGGUCGUACUUUUAGCUGUUUGAAAACUUUUUGAUUGAUAUUAUAAAUAAUUAUGUAAAAUACGCCGUUCUUACUCGCUGUCAACAUUUUUCAUUUUUUCCAAAAUUGUUACAAAGUUUUAAAAUUAUAAAAAUUACAGUAUUCCGCCACCAAUGCCUAAACUCAAUGCAAACCCAGUCGACAAACCCAUCCUUGGCCAAGAUUUUUCGUUUGAUGGGAGCAAAACUGGAGGUUUUUGAAUCAAAUCUGGCACAUAACAAUAUUCAAAGCUGGACACGACAUGUUAUCCGAAUGAUGAAGCGAACGGCUGAUUAUGAUCAAAAAUGGAAAUUUAUACUUAUUAUCCCUGGACUGUUUGUAGGUUUUUGUACUGUUGUACUGGCUUUUUAGGUAUUAAAAAUGAAUUGCUGAUAAUAAGGUAAGGUACAGUAAGAAAGCGGGGUGGGAUCAGAUUAGAGGUAAAACCAAGCCAUCUCCAGUUUUUUGCCGGACUGAUCCAUCUACGAUUUUCUUCAUGCCGGUCCGGGUCGAAAACUUUUGGAACUGUUCGAUCCGCCCCUAAUUGUUUUCAUGCCGACUUGUUGGGCUAGGGCUCUGGGCUAGAGCUAUGGUUCUUCGCAAGGGCUUCAGGCUAGGUCAUGAUGAACUUACAAGCUAAAAACUUAUUUUUAGGACGCUCACAUUGGUCGACCCUUUCACUUAGUAGCAGAUGACAUUCUACAAUCAAUUCAACUUUUACAUUCCGAGUUACCUUACAAAACGAUGGUUACUGUGGUUCGGAAUGCACAUUUAAAUUUACAUCAAGAAAUAUCGGAAAAGUUUUUCUUUUGCAAAAAAAUGCAAAAUCUGUGGAAACUGGAUCCUACUAAUGGUGACGGAGCUUGGACUACGGUAAGAAAGCUAUAAAAUUUGGAAAAUUUCUUUGAGAGGGGGCACAGAAGUUAAUGGCCUAGUAGUAAUAGGUAAUAGGAUAGGAGGCUUUGUGAAUUUAGAGUUGUGUGUAUAAGGCUUAAAGAAGGGGUGAUUAAGCAAUAUGGAAAGAGGGAUUUGUUAGGUAGGGUUAGAGAAGAACCAGUAUCGAGCUAGGCUGAGGCUAUAUUUUAAAAUAGGUAAUGCUUGGUCGUAGUGAUUGAGAUGCACGGUGCACAUGUCAUAUUAUAAUGACAAGGGUGUGGACUGGUUAUAUUAGGGUAACAUUAGGGGUACGGUUGUUUUAGGACUUUAAUAUAUAGGGUACGGUAGGGGUUUUGAAGCAUACGGUAGAGCAUGGUGUGAUAAAAUAGUGUAGGAGGGUAGGGUAAGAUAAAGUAGGGUAGAGUAGGGUAGGGUAGGGUAGGGUAUUGCUAUUUCUAACUUGUGAAUUUUAGUUAGAAAAUCGGAUAAAACGAAAUUAUCAAAUUGAAAACUUCUACGUGGAUGUGCUCAACGUUGUAGACGAAAGUCGACCAGUUUACUAUGAAAAAGUGUAAGUCGAAAUUAAAAAUAUUUUUUUUAUUUUUUAAAUAUAAAAUAAAAUUUUUUAUUUUCAGUCCAGACAUCUCAAUACUAGACGUGGACUGUGUCCACUUCUCAACUCGUGGGCUUUCCUUGCUCCAUGGCCAUAUUUGGAAUCAGCUGAUUGAGCCAGGCAGUCGUCAAAGCGAAUGGAAACCGCUGGUUCGGCCGUUCUUCUGCCCUCGCCCUCAAUGUCCAUACUUUAUCACUGAUGAAAAUGCACAAUAUUGCCUGAGGCCAAAGAGUUACAGCUUUCGACAACGAUCAAGUCCAAAGAUAUUAACUGUAACACUACUUACUAUGGUGUUAUUUUUGUUUAUUAUACUUUUCACUUAUACUGUGUGCUUGUAA